AUGAGGGCAGAUCCACCUACUGCACAAAUUCAUCCGUGGAUUUUUCCAUCCAAACCUUGGUCAAGAGUUCUUGCUGAUUUUGCAGGUCCAGUCUCGGGAAAGAUGUACUUUGUACUUGUCGAUGCUUACAGUAAGUAUCCUGAAGUAGUUCAAAUGAAGAGUACUACGGCCGAGGCUACGGUAAAGGAUCUCCGUGAGGUUUUCAGUAGACACGGAUUACCUGAGAUUCUAGUCACAGAUAAUGGCCCGCAAUUCACUUCAAAAGAGUUGGCGGAUUUCUGCUUAACAACCGGUAUUAUGCAUCGUACAUCCUCAGCAUAUAAACCUUCUACGAAUGGUCAAGCAGAAAGAGUAAUUCAAGUACUUAAGUCAGCUUUACGUCAAGCUGAAGUACUAAAGCAAGAUGCUGAGACUGUCCUACAAAGAUACCUGCCUUCCUAUCACAUCACUCCACAUUCUACAACAGGAAUCGCCCCUUCUGUGUUGCUGAUGAGAAGGAAACUGCGCAUUCGUUUGGAUUUAAUAUUUCCAUCUUUUACGAAGAAAGUGGAAGUAGAACAAGAGUCCAUGGCGUGUGUUGAAAUUGGGUGA